AUGCUUGAUUUGAUAGCGCAAGCAACGAAUAGUUCGACUGUCGCUCUACGGCGCCACCUGGGUGACAAUUUCAGUCAAAAGGUGAAAAUCAGAAGCAACUGUUUUAUAACAACAAUUGACAGUCGAUUUAUAGUUGCAUGUGGCUUCUGGGAUAACAGUUUUCGUCUCUUCUCUACAGAAACCGCUAAGAUUGUGCAGAUAAUUUUUGGUCAUUAUGGGGUGGUCACGUGCUUAACAAGGAGUGACUUGAAUGCCAUGACGGAUUGUUACAUCGCAUCUGGAAGUGCAGACUGCACAGUUCUUCUUUGGCACUGGAAUGCUAGGACACAGGCAAUCGUCGGGGAAGGAGAGACACCUGCACCACGAGCUACCCUUACGGGUCACGAACAACCUGUAACGACCGUUGCUAUCUCUGUCGAACUCGGUCUCGUUGUCUCUGGAUCGCAAUCUCAAACAAUAGCUAAUCUUGCCCCUUUAAUGUCCGCGAAGAUGAUACACUAA